AAAAUACAGUAAAUAAGCAAAACCUUUAUAAUUCGUGUACUUUCUAUUUUAUUGUUAACAAUUUUGUUGUUACUAUGAGUAUUCUUAAAAAUGGGAGUCUUCUUGAAUGUUGCAAAAACGGGAUUUUCCUUUUUCGGCAAUUAUCUUCGUAUAAAAGUGCAAUUUCAUUAGCUAAUAUGUACCCCCAAAGCAGUUUAAAAUUAUCAACUGUUAAACCACCACCCCAAAAAGAGGAGUUUAACGGUUAUAUUCCUAUCGAUGAUCUUGUAAUCACUUACAGUAGAAGCACAGGUCCAGGUGGACAAAAUGUCAAUAAAGUUAACACUAAAGUUGAUUUAAGAUUUCACUUGGAAACAGCAAAGUGGUUGAACGAUAAUGUCAAGAAAAAUUUAGCAGAACAGCUGAGAAGUAAGAUCACAAAGGAUGGCUUUUUGGUAUUUAAAUCGGACCUAACACGGUUUCAACAAAUGAAUGUAGCAGAUUGUCUAGAGAAAUUAAGGACUGCAAUUAGAGAAGCCUCAAAGGAUAAAUCCUCUAAUAUUUCUUCUGAAACAGAAGAAUUAAUUAGAAGAAGGAAAGAAAAAGCUGCAAGAGAACGUUUAACAAUAAAACGACAUCGAUCUCAAAUUAAAGCAGAUAGACAAGGGCCAGAACUUACUGAUUUGUAAUAACUGUAUUUAAUUAUCUUUUCAAAAAGUCAUAUUUUGGUUUUAUGUAAAUAAUUUUUUAGAUAAAUAAAAAAAACGAUUGUA